AUGUCGCGUAGGAAAGCCCUGCUCAUCGGCAUCAAUUACUAUGGUACAGACCAUGAAUUAAAUGGCUGCAUUAACGAUGCUGAAAACAUUCGCAAUUUUCUCGUCGAGGAGAGGGGGUUUUCACCAAGUGACCACGACAUGGUGAUGCUUUCUGACAGUCCAGAGAAUGAGGGGACUCCAUUUUUCCCCACAGCAGCCAACAUAAUGGCUGGUAUUAACUGGCUUGUAACGCGAAACCAGCCUGGUGACGUACUCUGGCUGAGUUAUUCUGGCCAUGGAGGUCAGGUUAGAAAUGAUGAGAGAGAGUCGGGUUUCGACGAUACAAUAUGUCCCGUUGACUUUAUGGAGAACGGGCAGAUCCCGAGUCAGAAGUUGCAUCGGGCAAUCGUCUCUCCAAUGAACCCCGAAUGCCGCCUUACUAUCUUGUUUGACUGUUGCCACUCUGGCUCCGCGUGCGAGCUACCCUACGUCUACCGCCCAGACGAGGAGGGCAAUGUCAACAUGGUCGACACGAUUAAGCAAGGCAUCGGACUGAUUCGCGCAGCAGAGGGGCUCUUCGAAGGUGGAUUUUCCAUGUCCAAGAUCGACGACGCUAAGAUGCUACUGGGUGGUGCGACCGAUUUUUUCAAUGGGCUGCAUCAUCGACGGAAUCAAGAUGUCGACGAGGAUGGACUCGCGCCAGAAGAAUUUGAGGAGCAUUGGGAGACUGAAGGAAAGGAUGUCUGGAUGUUUUCCGGAUGCGCGGACAACCAGACAUCUGCGGACACGUCUAUCGCUGGCGCGCCGACCGGAGCGAUGUCUUGGGCAUUGGUUAGGACUCUGAGAGAAAAUCCCGAACAGUCCUAUAUCAAUAUCCUCCAGAAUACCAGAGAGGAACUUGCGCAGAAGUAUUCCCAGAUUCCGCAGCUGAGCUGUGGUGGGAGAUACGAUCUGGACCAGCCGCUGGUAAAAACGAGCCACAAGGUGGCGAGCAGAUAG